AUGAUCCAUCCAGUGCGUGCGGCUCAGAGCUGGCGCCCCGGGAACUGUAAACCCACGGCGGUUGUGCUCAUGAACGCGUCAAGAAUGCGGUCAACAGCCGGUAAGGGCGUAUGCCCGAUGGAAGUCAAUAGGGCGGACCAAGUUGUGCUAUACUUGCAGUUCAAAAAGACCCUCGACGGAUGCGAGUUCAUCGACCUCGCCGGCGGAUGUUGCGCGCAGCUCCUAUCAGUCUUCCAUUCAAAGAGCAUGCUGAAGGCAGCGCGGAACGCGGUGUCCGCGAGCGUCCUCGCUUGCCACCGACAUGUCCUAGGCAAAAUGGGACAAACCCUUGACAGUCGUGUGGCCACUACCUUCGGCGGUCCACUGUACACCACUCGGUUCGCUAUGCGUCCCGGCGUUCUGCUACCCGAAGACCUUGUUAGAAUUAGCGGAUAUCAUAUAGGGAGCACGCACAUUGUCCGCGCUUGA